ACAACGGUGCCCCCCCCCCCCCCCCCCCAGUCAAGUCCGCGAUAUAAAAGCGGACCUCCGUCUAAUUCCUGAAGGAAACACUCAGAUCCAGAUCGAACCCCCUACACCAGCUCAUAUAAACCCGGGUCUGGUCCAUCAUGGUGCUGUCCCCGGCCAACAAGCCCCGGGUGUUCCGCCUGCUGUUCUCGGACCCCGGCCGCUCCUACAGCAGCGGGGACAAACUGUCCGGAUCCGUGCAGCUGGAGGCGGCAUCAGCCUGCAGGCUGACCGGGCUCCGCGUCACGGCCGCCGGCUGCGCCCGCGUGGAGCAGCGUGGGGGGAAGAGGCGCAGCCAGGAGGUGGCGUACAUGAAGUACGAGGAGGAGGUGCGGCUGGAGGAGGCGCUGAGCAGAGAUCCCGACGGGUUCUUCCUGCUUCCACCUGGAAAUUUGUUCAGCUUCCAGUUUGGAUUUGAGCUGCCGCCUGCCGGGCGCCUGGUGUCGUCCUACAGAGGAAAGUUCGGAGCGGUCCGAUACUACGUCCGGGCCGAGCUGCAGCGACCUUCCCAGCAUGCUUUGCAGUGUGAGCGGGAGUUCGAGGUGGAGGAGCCGCUGGACGUGAACCGGGCCGACCUGCUGGCCCCGGCUGCAGCCUCUAGUCAGAAGAAGGUGACGUGUCUCUUCAUCCCGGACGGCCAGGUGUCCGUCAGUGCUGUGAUUGACAGGAAGGGCUUCUGUGAAGGUGAGGACAUCAGCAUCAAUGCCAAGUUUGAGAACACCUGCUCGCGCAUCGUGGUGCCGAAGGCCGCCAUCGUGGCGAAACACUCCUACAUCAUGGACAGCCGCACCAAGGUGCUGCGCCAGAAGCUGUCAGCGGUCCGAGGGAACCCUAUCGUCUCCGGGAUGUGUGACAUGUGGCAGGGCCGGACCAUCAGGGUUCCCCGACUGAAGCCCACGCUGCUGGGCUGUGACAUCAUCAAAGUGGACUACGCCCUCAUGAUCUACCUGCACAUCCCCGGCAGCGAGAAGCUGACGGUGGAGCUUCCUCUGGUGAUCGGGACCGUCCCAUUCAGCAGUGUCGGCAGCAGGACCAGCAGCAUGAGCAGCCAGGUGGGCUCCACCUGUAGCUGGGCCUCCUGCCCCUCGGACCCCCCCAGCUACAGCAACAUCCACAGGGACCUGAAGUUGAACGGCCCCUGCACGCCGUUGCUCUACGACUACGAUGGCGCCGAGGAUGAUGACGAUGGAGGGCUUGUCAUUAGAGCACCUGAGGUGUGUUAUCCCCCUCCCCCCGCCUACAGCGAGGUGGAUCAAGACCCCGCCCCUCCGUCUCAGGUAGUCCAGGUGUUUUGAGGACAUGAAAAGACACCAUCUUCAUGGCUGUCCAUGAUGGGGCAGGGCCUGAGCUGAACUUGGAUGAGGAUUCGUACUCAGACCUGUCCGUCAUUCCAGUCAACACACAACCGAGCUCAGUGAUAACCAUGACUCGGCACUUUAAACCAACAACUCAAAAAAGUUAUUUCUUGCUCGUUUUAAUUUUAGUGACAGGAAGUUGUAACUGUAAAUAUUUUGUAAAUAAGAGAUUUUGUACAUUUUUUUACUAGUUGAAUAAACAGUUCAGUGUU